AUGGCGGGUUCGUGGUCGCGGUGGGAAGCUGUUGCGACGUGCUUCUCGUGCCUCUUUCUGCUCGAAAUGCUCCUCAAGCUCCUCGUGCUCGGUGUCCGCGAGUGUUGGCGCUCGGGGAAGAACCGGUUUGACGCGCUCAUCACUGUCGCGUCCUUGACGAUCGACAUUUACGUGUAUAUUCCCAACGCGUACAACAACGAUGCAAUCGUCAAGCACUGUUUCUCGUGCGAAGAACAGUGCGUCAAAUUUUGA